UGUUAUUGCGGCAGCUAUUUAGAUGCCUCCGGGGGUCGAUGUGAUCUUGUUCUACCUUCCUUUGGCAUGCGUCUCUGGUUUCUCUCUCUAGGGCUAUGGUGGGUGCAGUAGUGUAGAUUGAUGUGAGGCUUACUGCAUGCAUGCAGCUGAAAUCCCAGCAUCAGAACAAGUAGCUCAUGGAAUUCUUCACAUCGCUGUUUGGAGAUCACAUCAAUUGUAGAGUAGUUUCGUGAUCAUUCAUGCCUCCGGGUUUUUACCCAAGCAGAUUCGUAUCUGCGCGAGAAAAGGAAUGAGGGCUUCAACAGUGGGAGUGGGAGCGGGAGGAGGAGGAGGAGGAGAGGCUGUCGCUUGAAGCCAUGCGUGGGGUUGAUGUCGCGAAUCCAAUGGCAGGAAAGAUUCCCCCCGACAACAAAAUCUAGGGGAGGAAAGCAUUCCGUUCCCCUCCCGAGGGGGCCCCACGCACACAACACGCGAAGGGUCCCACCAUCGCCUUCCGCUUUCCUUAUAAGAGCUUCGACUCGCUCACCAUCCCCUCCGGCCUCUGGGAUUGAUUUCCUCCUCCUCUCUGCCGCAUGCAUGAUAGAAUUCUUGCGUUGGACUCUGCGGUGAGUGAGUUGCAGGUAGAUAGAGGAGGAAGAUGAGCAUGGAGGAGGUGGAGGAGGCGAGAGAGGAGGGGAGUCAUGGCAGCAUGUUUGAGGGUGGGGUGGAGGUGAGGGUGUUGGUGGUGGAUGACUCCCCGGUGGACAGACGGGUGGUGGAAGGGUUGCUCAAGAGGAGUGGAGCCAUGUUUCAAGUUAUAGCUGUCGAUAGCGGAAAAAGAGCGAUGGAAGUUCUUGGAUUGACUGAAGGGAAGGAGGCUGAACAGCCUACUGUUGAUGAUCCAAAGAUAGACAUAAUCCUCACCGAUUACUGUAUGCCGGAAAUGACUGGUUAUGAUCUUCUAAAGGCUGUCAAGGAGCAGAGCAGUCAAAAACCUAUUCCUGUGAUCAUAAUGUCAUCAGAGAAUGAGCCACAGAGAAUCAGCAGGUGCCGAGCUAUUGGCGCUGAGGACUAUCUCCUUAAACCUCUUCAAACAAAUGAUGUACUGAGACUGAGGGAUUAUGUUCGACCGAAAGCGUUAUCACCCAAAACAGGCACCAAAAGGAAGAUCGCAAUAGAAAUGAUGGCUGAGAACAGUGGUUCGGAGAGGAGACCAUGCCUUGCUGGGUUGGCAGUGGCCUGAUGAUAAUCAUUCAAGCAUGAUAAGGAGGCUCUCAUGCUGUAACAACAAUUUAGUGCCUAUCAUAAUAUAUCCCACCUCUCCUUGUGCUCUCAGUAGUGAGUUUGCUUGUUGGUGUGAGUGGAUGAAUCAUCUACAGACAACUGUUCUUCUGAGUUCUUGUGAAUGUUCUCCUAAUUAAAUUCCAUAAAAGUUCUGAUUCUUC